AUGCUCCUGACCCUGGAAGGGUUGCGGCAGUAUAGCGAUCGCCAAGGGGGAUUGGUCUUUUUUGACUACACAGAAGAUGUCAACGACGCACAAUCUUUCGCCUACAAUUACCUCCCUAUCAUCAUCUCCCUCAUACUCGUCUUGGUUUGGACUGUGACCGAUUUCGAUGUCCUCCGCCUGGAACCAUAUUUUCAGUUGUCCCGACCCGAGGGAGCGCCGGCGACAGUUCUUUUCAUCAACUACAACUUCGGCCAAACCGUUCUCACCCCGAUCAAUGCCGCAAUCCGCCGUCACUGGGUCGUGUUCUGGGUUUCCUUUGUCACACUCUCAAUCCGAAUGAUUCUUCCCGCUCUACAGAGUACGGUAUUUGAGCUACGCGAGGUGACGGUAGUCCACGACAGUACUAUACAAAGCUGGUCAGACCUGGUGGAUUUGGACACACAAGCGAACUUGAUCUCACUGCAAGCCGAUGUUUUCCACGACGUGUUUUCCUCCAAUGAGCUAUUAUCCCGGUCCCGAUCCGCCAACUAUGCCAUCGCGCCUGUGGAGAUACCCGAUGGCGAGCAAGACGACAGUGUAGUGUGGACUGUUGACCAGACGAUAUAUUGGGCAAAACUUUCCUGCAAGAAUGUUUUUGUUGGGGACACGCUCACCGUUUCUAUCAAUGAACCCGAGGGGCCAUACCCAACAAUUUCGUGGAACGCCAGUAGUAUUGAUUUGGUUGAUGUUUACGGAGGCGACGAAAAAUGUGUCCUUGAUUUUCAAUACGAGAGUGUCUUCUUCCCUGGCACCGAUUACCUACAAAUACGGUAUUGGGAGCCGAUGAUCAGUUCUGCAGCCAAAGAAGAAGGAUUUCCGAACCAAACCCAGGCCUUCACGGAACUCGGCUGCGAUCCAUAUGAUCUAUAUGGUAUGCUCAUCGGUGUUAAUAUUACCAGCCCAAGCGCAUCUUUGACCUCGACCUCAACCUCGACCGAGUACUCCGCGUCUGGUACGGCUUUUGCCUGUGAUAUAAUUUAUCACAAAGCGGAGGCUCGCGUGACUAUGCACUCCAACAGCUCCAUAAUAUCUAUCAAAGUCAAUCGAGCCACAAUCCGCGAGCUCACAAAAUCCGAGUUCAAUGUUGAUCAUUUCCAAGCUCUGCUCUCUCAACGUGCUCCGUAUACCAGUGACAUGCUCUUCAUCAGUGAAAAUGCUACCACGGGGGCUCGCACAGUGACUGAACUCCCUAUCAUCAGCCAGGACUUAGGAGAUAUCCAACCUGUGCUGGUGCUCGACACAUCGACCGUCAUGACAGAGGAUGAAUUCGAAUCCAAGAUUGCGCGGGACGUCAAGCAGACUUUCGUACUCACACUCGGUCGCAUGUUUGAUCCAGAUAGUGCACCUAGGACUCUCGCCGCCCAACGCACGUCGAACAAAGUCGCUAUCGCUAUCGUUGACUUUGCGGCUCUUUGUUCUGAGCUCAUUCUUGCCCUAGCCACUUUGACUACAGUCUACCUCCUUUACAUGUAUAAUUCGCGUGAACUGUUUCUCCAAAGUGACCCUGGGUCCAUUGGUGCCAUGUGCAGUAUUGUCGCCGACAUUUUUCACCCAUCCAACGUCCUCGGUGAGCCAGUGGCGGAAUUUCAUCAAUUCUCUACUCGGCAACUUCGUCGUAUCUUCAAAAAUGCACGGUGUUAUUGGCGACCAGGACCUUCUGGCAACAGGCUGGAUAUUGUCGCUGACGAUGGCUCCCCUGUCCAGCUCGGCGAGAACCUCAAAACCCGUGUUGAUCCGAUGCCUCACUUCCUCGUAAUCCCUUUCUUUCUCGUUGAAUUCUUGGCGCUAGCUGGUGUCAUUAUCCUCAUCGUACUAGUGGUCUCAUCUUUGCUUCGAAAUGGCCGCUUUCGCGACAUGACCCAAUCCGACUCGAGCGUGUUCCAGGUUAUCCUUUCCGUCCUACCCUCCGUCGUUGCAUCGUCUGUAGGGGCUCUAUGUACAUCUAUUCACCGAAACCUCAGUGUUUUGGAGCCCUGGGUCCACCUCCAACGCGGCAACGCCUCGGCAAGGACGUCAUUGUCAUUGAACUACUCGUCCCAAAGUCCGCUCGCCAUUUUCUUCAAAGCUGUUCGCAACCGGCAACCUUUGCUGUGUCUUGUAUCAAUUGCGUGCGUCAUGAACAUGGCUUUGACUGUCGUGGCAGGUGCGCUCUUCACUCAAGAAUUGGCAAGCUCAACACUGGAGACCAGCGAUUUGUCAAUGAACUAUAGCCAGUCUGUGUUUUGGCAGACCGACUUCGCUGCAGAAUUCACUGAGUAUGAUUUGAUUCAGAGCAGCAUCAGCAGCGGAUCCCCCAUGCUCUCCUGGACUAGCUCAGAUCAGUCUUUUGUCCCAUUACACGUGAGCCAUCGCAACCCAGACGUGACUUACAGCGCCUCAACACUAGGGGUUGGAGCUGAGCUGAAGUGUCAACCCCUUUCAUCGGAUGAUCUUGUCUACGAUCAACUUAAUGGUUAUCAAUAUUGGCGAUAUGCACUGUUUGACAAUUCCUCCAUGGAAUGCAUGGCACGCAUGCCACCCUUAAAAAGCAAACAGGAAGGAAUCUCACUAUCUAUCCACUUUUUGUCCCCAGAUGACACCGAGGAAUCGGACAUCUGCCAGACGUCGACUGUUCUAGUUGUCGGCCGUUGGGAUUAUUUGCCGAACACCCCAGUCACUGAUAACAACUCAAUUGCAUUGCACUGUGAACCCCAGGCGAGAUUACAAAAUUAUUCAAUCUCUUUCGACCAGAAAGGACAGAUCAGUUGGUAUGACGCUCUUCCCAAAACGUCCAUCACACAUGGAACCAUGUACGACAAUGCAACCGUUAGUCUCGGUCAGUUCAACAAAGUCUUUGCGGCCAUCCCUAGCAGUUUUGUGGGCAAUACUUCCAUGCAGAAUGGAACGUACAACGUUUCUUCCUAUGAUUGGGCAGGCUUCCUUGUUGCUCGUCUCUACGAACACGCGGAUCCCGACUUUGACGCUCUGGACCCCGCUAUUUUGACCACCAUGACUGGCACUGUAUAUCGAUUGGUCUACAGCACCUACUUCUCAAUUUGGCGGGGGAUCUAUCUUGAACCUCUUGCUCACCCGGUCCCGGCCACAGAUGCCACCAUUACCCGCGUUACCUGGCGCAUGGUUCCGUCGGCUCCGUCACUUGCCAUCGCUCUAGCCAUCAUUGCCUUCGACACAAUAGUCGUCCUUUUAGUGUUCGGAACACGACGCGGCCGGUUCCGGGGACCCCGAAUGCCGCGCUCCAUUGGAGCAAUCAUUCCCUGGAUUUCGCACAGCCAAAUGCUUCAUGAUUUCACCGAUACACACGCCUGGAGCAGUGCAAAACGGCAUGCUCAUCUCGUAAGCCUGAACAAACGCUAUGGCUUCCGCAUGUUCAUGGGUGCCGAUAACCGCUGGCGGUUCGCUGUCGACCAGGAAGCAGAGAUCGUCAAACCUACCGAUCCCCCCGACGGCGCCCCAGAAGUGGAAGUGGACAAAACGACCACAAUUCAGCUACAGGAGAUACACAGUUCACCCUCUCCUCCUCUUCUUCUUCCUUCUCCACCUCUACCUCCAACCUGA